CACGCGGAGGGACUUACUUUUCACCACCUCGAUGGCGGAGGAACUGCUGCUGUUGCACGAUGCAAAACUUAGCUCGCACCUCACAAAGUCACUGCUGGCGGUGGCGUUCCUGUCCUCGUUUGGCAGCUCCAUGCUCUAUGGAUUCAACCUGGCUGUCGUCAACUCCCCUGCGCAGUACAUCAAAGCCUUCUAUAACGAGACACUUAGGGAGGAGUAUAACUGGGUUCCGGACGACAAGCACCUGACAGUCUUGUACUCCCUUACCGUGUCCAUCUUUGCCAUUGGUGGAAUGAUCGGCGCUCUGUUAGUGGGCAAAUUGGUAACCAAAUAUGGAAGGAAGGGGACACUGGUGAAAUCCACCGUGUUGGUGUUCCUCGGUGGAGCUCUCAUGGGCCUCAGCAGAGCAUGGAGGGAGCCAGCUAUGGUCAUCAUUGGACGCUUCAUUGUUGGAGUACACUCCGGUAUCUCUCUCAGUGUUGUGCCAAUGUACCUUGGAGAGAUCGCCCCCAAGAAUCUUCGAGGCUUCUUGGGUCUUAUUCCCAGCAUCCAUAUUUGUCUCGGGGUCUUCAUUGCUCAGGUCCUGGGACUUCAGGAGCUGUUGGGAAAGGAAGAGCACUGGCCGCUGCUCAUGUCUCUUAUCGUAUUUCCAACCCUGGUCCAGCUGGUGUUCUUACCGUGGUUUCCUGAAAGCCCACGAUACCUGCUGAUAGAAAAAGGAAAUGUUCAUGCCACCGUUGCAGCCCUCAAGCGGUUCCGUGCUAGGGGAAACCUCCAGUUGGAGGUGGAGGAGAUGCAAGAGGAACAACGCUCUCUGUCCUCCAUCCAGACGUUAUCUGUGUGCAGCCUCCUCAUGGACCGCUGCGUUCGCUGGCAGGUCAUCACCGUUAUUGUGGUCAACGUCGGCAUGCAGCUGUCUGGUAUUGAUGCGAUCUGGUUCUACACAAACGAUAUAUUUAGGAAUGCCGGGAUUCCCGACCCAAAUAUUCAGUACACCACAGUAGGGACCGGAGCCAUCGAGGUCAUCUCUGGGACGCUAGGUUGCUUUACAAUUGAGCGUGUAGGGAGGAGACCUCUGAUGAUUGGCGGCUACCUCUUCAUGGCCCUCUGCUGUGCUGGCAUCACAAUGUCCGUCCUCUUCCAGGCUCAACUGACCUUCCUGCGCUACGUAAGCGUGGGCUGCGUUGUUGGAAUUAUUGCUGGCUUCUGCAUUGGUCCAGCUGGUGUGCCCUUCCUGAUCACUGCUGAGCUGUUCAAGCAGUCGCACCGGCCAGCAGCCUACACGGUGGGAGGUUGCCUCAACUGGUUGUCCAACUUCACCAUCGGUUUCGUCUUUCCCUUCCUCGAGCUGGCCACCGGUCCUUACUGUUACCUCAUCUUCUGCUCUAUCUGCCUGGGAGUGGCCGUCUACACCAUCUUCAUCAUUCCAGAGACCAAGAACAAAACCUUCUUGGAAAUCAGCACGAUGUUUGCCUCCAAGAAUGACAUCCUUGAAGAGGAGCUGGCAUCCGACGAGCACCUGAAAAUGUCUCUGAUGAACGGCUACGGGACUGGGGACCAUUAUUAAAGAAAGUAAGCGGAGAGGAGGUGGACCCACUCCCUUCGUGAUGUAACGAUGGCAGAGGUUGGAGGUUUAAACAAUGGAUACCGCAGAGACGAUGCACACUGCAUGAAACUUAACAACGUCUAAAACGUCUUCUGCACAGCAAUGUAAGACAAAGAUCACAUAGCAAAGCGCCUCUAAUGGAGCAUGCAAAGCAUUUUCACCCGUUUCCCAGCAUCAUGAGCCAUUUUGCUGGAAUUUGUUCCCCAGCUUCAUUUGAACACAUCCCAUGAUCAUUCCAGAUGUAGUUCAUGUGGCGCGGUGACUCACCUCUACUUUUAUGACGCGACGUGGACACGUCACACGCAUGUGCACUGCGAGUAUCCUCUUUAUUUCUUUUAAUCAAAUGUGACGUUUGUCUCUUUUCACCGAAGAGCGCUGGACACUGUGGCUACCGUAGUAGUCAUUUUAUGGCCGAGUUGUAAUUUAUCAACAUGUCUGUUAUAGGUCUGAAAAUGCAGUC